AAACUGGUCAGCAGCAACAAACUUUGUACCCUCCUCAAAUUCCAGUCAGUGGUUAAAUACACCAACGGUGGUUACAACUUAGACUGAAGGAAGAACCAACAUUGACAACAUGACACAAACUUCAACAAGAAGAGUUCUACUUUGCUUUUGCUCACUGACAGCUCUCCUCUCAUGUGCUGUUGCUCAGGACCAAGAUGUUGGGAGCAAUAGCUGCUCCUCAACCACCUUGAUGUUUAAACAGCUCUCUACUCAGCUUGCAGAGGCAGCACAAUGUGCUAAAAAUAUUACUAGCCAGUGGAGCGACGACCAGACUGCUGUUGUGAUUAACUCCCUACAAACUCUGACAGUCAUUCUAGAGAAACAUCAAAAAACAGUUUGCCAGACCUUUGAGCCCAAAGAGUGUCCAGCUGCAGUAGCCCAGAGUAAAGGAGGACUUGUGUGUGUCACCAACAAAAUGAGGCGUUACUGUAAACCCAUGUGCAAUGAGGGCUUUGACUUUGCAUUCUUGAGGAACAGUCGUCUGUAUGAGGAAUGCAGUGCAGACACCAAAUUCAAAUGGACAACCCAUUACAUUGGAGGUAACAAGCUGGCCAUUUGCAACAAAUCCUCCAGAUCUAUUGCAGGAGCUAAAACAGCCUACUUUCCCAAGAACCAGGACUGCCUGACUACCAAGAGUAACAGUGAUCUUGAGGCUCAGCUCAUUCAGCAGUUCAAAAGUGAGCUGAAGGACAUCGAGGGAGAAACAGAAUACGACUGUCUCCUCUGUGGAUAACCAUAACGAAGAGGAGUGAGACUAGAAGGGAAAGAUAUAAGUGGAAAUGAAUGUGUACAGUUUGCAACAAAUCCACCCAAUCUGUGUGACACAUGUAUUACAAACACAAUCCACAAGCCAGAAAAAUAAAGUGAUGAUGACGAAAGAAAAAUAAGCACAUUUGACAUUAAACCAUUUCUUCCAUACUUCA